AUAUAAAUGAGUGCUCUUUGGAUCCGUGUCAAAAUGGUGGUUCAUGUAAAGACCUUGUCGCCGAUUUCAGUUGUGUUUGUGCCGCUGGAUAUGAGGGUUCCAAUUGCGAAAUUGAUAUCAAUGAAUGCUCUUCCAACCCAUGUAAGAAUGGCGGUACAUGUAAAGAUGAUGUCGCUGGCUACAAAUGCAUCUGUUCCGCAGGAUAUGAGGGCACCGUGUGUGAAACUGAUAUUGAUGACUGUUUGUCAAGCCCUUGUGAGAAUGGAGGAUCAUGUGAAGAUCUCAUUAAUGCAUAUACUUGCACCUGUGUCGCUGGAUAUGAGGGUUAUAACUGUACAGAUGAUAUAGACGAAUGUUUGUCCGACCCGUGCAAGAAUGGCGCUACAUGUGAGGAUGAAGUAAAUGGUUACACUUGUCAAUGCGCUGUUGGAUAUGAAGGCAUCGACUGUGGAACAGAUAUAGAUGAAUGUUUGUCCGACCCGUGCAAGUAUGGCGCUACAUGUGAAGAUGAAGUGAAUGGUUACACAUGCCGAUGUGCUGCUGGAUAUGAAGGCAUGGACUGUGGAAUUGAUACAGACGAAUGUAAUUCCGACCCAUGCAAGCAUGGUGCUACAUGUGAAGACGAAGUAAAUACUUACAGUUGUCAAUGUGCUGCUGGAUAUGAAGGCACCGACUGUGGAAUUAAUAUAGACGAAUGUUUGUCCGACCCGUGCAAGAAUGGCGCUAUAUGUGAAGAUCACGUAAAUGGUUACACCUGUCAAUGUGCUACUGGAUAUGAAGGCGCCGAUUGUGAAACUGAUAUAGACGAAUGUUUGUCCAACCCGUGCAAGAAUGGCGCUGUAUGUGAAGAUGACGUAAAUAAUUACACAUGUCAAUGUGCUGAUGGAUAUGAAGGCACCGACUGUGGAAUUGAUACAGACGAAUGUAUCUCCGACCCGUGCAAGAAUGGCGCUACAUGUGAAGAUGAAGUAAAUGGUUACAAUUGUCAAUGUGCUGCUGGAUAUGAAGGCAUGGACUGCGGAAUUGAUAUAAACGAAUGUAUCUCCGACCCGUGCAAGAAUGGCGCUACAUGUGAAAAUGAAGUGAAUGGUUACACUUGUCAAUGUGCUGCUGGAUAUGAAGGCAUAGACUGUGGAACUGAUAUAGACGAAUGUAUCUCCGACCCGUGCAAAAAUGGCGCUACAUGUGAAAAUGAAGUGAAUGGUUACACCUGUCAAUGUGCUGCUGGAUAUGAAGGCAUGGAUUGUCGCAUUGAUAUAGACGAAUGUAUCUCCAACCCGUGCAAGAAUGGCGCUACUUGUGAAGAUGAAGUGAAUGGUUACAACUGUCAAUGUGCUGCUGGAUAUGAAGGCACAGACUGUGGAAUUGAUUUAGACGAAUGUUUCUCCGACCCGUGUAAGAAUGGCGCUACAUGUAAAGAUGAAGUAAAUGGUUACACGUGUCAAUGUGCUGCUGGAUAUGAAGGCACAGACUGUGAAAUUGAUAUAGACGGAUGUAUCUCCGAUCUGUGCAAGAAUGGCGCUACAUGUGAAGAUGAAGUGAAUGGUUAUACCUGUCAAUGUGCUGCUGGAUAUGAAGGCACCGACUGUGGAAUUGAUACAGACGAAUGUAUCUCCGACCCAUGUAAGAAUGGCGCUACAUGUGAAGAUGGAGUAAAUGGUUACACUUGUCAAUGUAUUGUUGGAUAUGAAGGCACCGACUGCAGAAUUGAUAUAGUCGAAUGCAUCUCCGACCCGUGCAAGAACGGUGCUAUAUGUAAAGAUGAAGUGAAUGGUUACUCAUGCGAAUGUGCUGCUGGAUAUGAAGGCAUGGACUGUGGAAUUGAUAUUAAUGAAUGUUCUUCCGAUCCGUGCAAAAAUGGCGGUACCUGUGCUGAUAAUGUCGCCAAGUACAGCUGCAUUUGUUCUGCUGGAUAUGCAGGCUCCAUGUGCGAAAAUGAUUUAGACGAGUGUGUCUCCGACCCGUGUAAGAAUGGCGCUACAUGUGAAGAUAAAGUAAAUGGUUACACUUGUCAAUGUGCUGCUGGAUAUGAAGGCACUGACUGUGAAAUUGAUAUUGAUGAAUGCAUGUCUAGUCCAUGUCUGAACGGAGGAUCAUGUGAAGAUCUUACCAAUGCCUUCAACUGCACCUGUGCUUCUGGAUAUGAGGGUUAUACCUGUGCAGAUGAUAUAAAUGAAUGCUCCUCACAUCCAUGCACGAAUGGCGGUACAUGUAAGGAUCUUGUAAAUGCCUACGAAUGUAAAUGUGCAGCUGGAUAUGAGGGUACAACAUGCGCAGAUGAUAUUGACGAAUGUCUGUCCAACCCAUGUUUGAAUCAUGGAUCCUGCGAAGAUGAAGUAAACGGCUACACAUGUUUGUGUGCUGCAGGUUUUUAUGGUGUGCAAUGUGCUACAGAUAUCAAUGAUUGUGCGUCAAAUCCCUGCCUGAACGGCGGCAUAUGCACAGAUAAGGUGAAUGGACGAACAUGUACCUGUCUUACAGGAUAUGAUGGUUUAAAUUGUGAACUAGAUAUCAAUGAAUGUUCUUCUGAUCCAUGUAAAAAUGGCGGUACCUGUGUAGAUAAUGUUGCCGAGUACAACUGCAUUUGUUCUACGGGAUAUGAAGGUUCAACGUGUGAAAUUGAUAUAGACGAAUGUUUGUCCGACCCAUGCAAGAAUGGCGCUACAUGUGAAGAUGAAGAAAAUGGUUACACCUGCCAAUGUGCUGCUGGAUAUGAAGGUUCCGAUUGUAAAAUUGAUACAGACGAAUGUUUCUCCGAUCCAUGUAAGUAUGGCGCUACAUGUGAAGAUGAAGUAAAUGGUUACAAUUGUCAAUGUGCUGCUGGAUAUGAAGGCUUUGACUGUGAAAUAGAUAUAGACGAAUGUAUCUCCGACCCGUGCAAGAAUGGCGCUACAUGUGAAAAUAAAGUGAAUGGUUACGCCUGUCAAUGUGCUGCUGGAUAUGAAGGCAUGGACUGUGGAACUGAUACAGACGAAUGUAUCUCCGACCCGUGCAAGCAUGGCGCUACAUGUGAAGAUCGAGUAAAUGAUUACAAUUGUCAAUGUGCUGCUGGAUAUGAAGGCACCGACUGUGGAAUUGAUAUAGACGAAUGUAUCUCCGACCCGUGCAAAAAUGGCGCUACAUGUGAAGAUGAAGUGAAUGGUUACGCAUGCGAAUGUGCUGCUGGAUAUGAAGGCAUGGACUGUGGAAUUGAUAUCAAUGAAUGUUCUUCCGAUCCAUGCAAAAAUGGUGGUACCUGUGCAGAUAAUGUCGCCAAGUACAACUGCAUUUGUUCUGCUGGAUAUGGAGGCUCCAGGUGUGAAAUAGAUUUAGACGAAUGUGUCUCCGAUCCGUGUAAGAAUGGCGCUACAUGUGAAGAUAAAGAAAAUGGUUACACUUGUCAAUGUGCUGCUGGAUAUGAAGGCACAGACUGUAUUAUUGAUAUAGACGAAUGUAUCUCCGACGCGUGCAAGAAUGGCGCUACAUGUGAAGAUGAAGUAAAUGGCUACACCUGUCAAUGUGCUGCCGGAUACGAAGGCAUGGACUGUGGAAUUGGUAUGAAAUUUGUUUUAGGUUUGCAUGGAGUUCAAUACUGGAUAUUCCUUUUACCUGGACCUUUUAAAUAUUUUAUGCUACCAG